AGCUGGCUCCAAUGAACUGUUUGGGGUAAAUGGGUUGAGAACCACGAAGCAGGUAGGCAGGUCCACAGAGAUGAUAAUUCAUUCCACAAGGGAGACCAGACAACGUGACUGAGUGAACUGCGUGCUCUUAUAGUGCUGGGUGUUGAUUGGUGAUGACUGUCAGGUGCGUGUCCUUAGAACACGGGUGAUCACUGAUAUGUGGAAGAGCCUGGCAUGUCAGUGACAUUACUGAAUGCAUUGACAAUUUUAACCAACUGAACAUUGUUGUAAACUAGGGUGACCAUAUGAGCCAUUUUCCCAGGACGCGUCCUUGCCAGGAUUUUUAUAUUGCCUAAAUCAUCCAAAGCAGUUUGACCAAUAACAUGCAGGUAUGUUACAUAAUCAACCAACUGUGGCAUGUGAGAAGGGGAGAUCUACAGAGAACGAUCAAAGCAAUGCAAAUACACGUACAUGUUGGGUGUUUGUUUAUUCAUUCUUGAACUUGAAGCGUCGCUGCGCACCGAUCAUUGAAUGACAUCAAAGUACCAAGAGAGUGAUUUAAAUGCAUAAGGAGCCGUCUGCUCUGCUCUCUAUAGCUCUUAUGAAUGUCAUACAAUGAUCGAUCUGCACAGCACAGAUCUUUUUAGACAAUAUAAAAAUCCUGGCAAGGAUGUGUCCUGGGAAAAUGUCUAAUAUGGUCACGUAAAGUAUCAACAAAUCUACAGUCCUGUGACUACCUAUAAUGUCUAAUGCAAAUGUGUAAAUACAAUAUGCAGCAAGUUUCACAGCAAUUGCUGUUAUGUCUCAAAAUUAUGUAAACGUGCAUAUAGUGUCAGACUCUGCAAGAUAAAGACCACAGAAAACCAAGUGAUUGGGAAACUGCUGCCAUACAUCGAACAUGAGGAUGAGGUACAGUGCGGUUAUAAACCACAGAUGUUAUCAGCAGCCUGACUCACUCGCAGGGAACAUGACAGGACAAACUCCACAACAGACAAUGCCAAUGAAUGACAGCUACACAAACCAGACUUGCGAUGUUUUCAUCUACAAGGAGUCUGCUCGGGUCGUCUUUCCCAUUUUCUAUUUCCUGAUAUUUUUCAUCAGCUUGGCAGGUAACAGCCUGGUCCUCUACAUCACCUGUCAGAAAAAACAAAAGAAGAUGAAUUCUACCACGAUAUAUCUGAUCAACCUGGCCAUCUCCGACACCCUCUUUACCUUGGCUCUUCCUGGCAGGAUCACCUACUAUAUCCGAGGCUUCGACUGGCCUUUUGGCGACUUCUUUUGCCGGCUAACUGCCAUGGUCUUCUAUUGCAAUACCUAUGCUAGCAUUGCCUUCAUGACCUGCAUCAGUAUAGAUCGAUACCUGGCCAUGCUGCACCGUCAGAGGUGUCAAAGGCUAAGGAAAACCAAAGUCGUACGGGGUAUCUGCAUUCUGGUAUGGGUGGUGGUUCUUCUUGAGACGUCCCCUCUGCUCUUCAAAAGCACCCUGGAAUAUCGAUCCAGUCAUCGAACAUGCAUGGAGUUCUCCAAUUUUGAUAGCUACAAGAUGGCAAUAGGUCUUCUGUUCGCAUGCGUCGUAGGGUUUUGCUUUCCACUGGGACUCAUCCUGUGCUGCUACAGUCAGGUCAGCUGCAAGCUCUACAAGACGUCCAAGGAAAACCCAGUGGCCAACAGGUCUGGAAGCAACAGCAGGGCCAAAAAUAUGAUCCUGAUCAUUCUGCUAAGCUUCGUGGUGUGUUUCAGUCCCUAUCACAUCACCAUCAUGCAGUUUACCGUGAGAAGGCUGUACAAUGUGCCCUCUUGUGAUGAGUUAAAGACUUUGAAAAUGGUCCUACAGGUAACUGUUGCCAUGAUGAACUUUAACAGCUGCCUUGACCCUAUUAUUUACUUUUUUGCCAUCAAAACAUACAAGAAGAGAGUCAUGAGUCUUUUUAAGAGCUAUAUUUCCAUUCCAGCAUCCUCCAGGAGCAUUCAGGAAAACAGUAGUAGUAAUACAUGAGGGCCAAAAUUUUACAAUGAAAAAUCUGAUGCAGACUGCAGAGGAAGUGUCUGCACACGUGUGGUUGGAUAGGUGUAAACUGCACAGUUUCCAUACCUUAUAUUUCUUAACAAAUGGCAUUCCAUUCCUGAUUAUUGAUGGUCUUUGAGUCAGUUAUUUUGUUUUAGGAUUUUUGCCCACAUUUUGUAUAAAUUUAGGUCUUUAUGAUUAAAAUUAAGUCUAAUAUGAAUUUAUCACUCAUGUACAUUUAUAACUGAAUAAGGUUAAUUUCUUUGUGUAAUAUAUUUCUUUAAAUGAUUAACAUGCUGUUGGACUUUCUUUUUUCUUUUUUAAUUGGUCAUGUAGUACUGCCAUUGAUGUCUAUUCAGAAAAUGAAAUUCAGAGAUUUAAAAUGAAAAUUUUAACACACACACACAAAGGUCAAGGAAGCUAGAAGAAAUUCUGAGUAAUAAUGGAUGAUUAGGUAGGUGUAUGUAAAUAUCUGUUGACAUUUCUGUAAGCUGCUGUGUAAAUACUGUGUUUUGCUUUAAAGGCGCUCAAAAUGUGUGGGUAACAUUUUGGGCAAUACCUAUCACAGCAUUUUCCAUUUGGGAAUUUAAUGUAACUGUCAGUUGUGCUAAACAGCUUUCUCUGAAUACCAAUUAAAGAGGUUCAUUUA